CGGCAUUAGUCACCAGCCGGUAGCCGCCGCGGGUGCGCUCCGCUCCGCCCGCGCGGCUCUUCUUGCCGGCUCUGCCCCGCACCCGCGCCCGCCCGGCUCCUUAUGGGCAGAGCUGCUGAGGCACUGGUGGAGCCCCAGAGUGCGCCCUGCCGACGUCGGGCCGGAAUUCGGAGCCUGACCUUGCCGAGUGCUCUGUCGCCCGCCCACCCCGGCACAGGCGUCGGGGCAGUGGCAACAUGGCCUUCUCCCAGGUGCAGUGUCUGGACGACAGCCACGUCAACUGGCGCUCCAGUGAGUCCAAGCCCGAGUUCUUCUACAGCGAGGAGCAGCGGCUGGCCCUGGAGGCCCUGGUGGCGCGCGGCAGGGAGGCUUUCUACGACGUGCUGAAGCGGGAGAACAUUCGGGACUUCCUGUCGGAGCUGGAGCUCCAGCGCAUCCUGGAGACCAUUGAGGUGUAUGACCCAGGCUCCGAGGAUCCGAGGGGUGCCGGCCGACCCCGGGGUCCUGAGGACGAUGGCGUUGGCGACAGCGAGGAGGCCAGCAGGGCCGGUGGGGACCCCACUGAGGCCGAGCCACUGCCCUCUCUGGAGUACUGGCCCCAGAAGUCCGACCGAUCCAUCCCCCAGCUGGACCUGGGCUGGCCCGACACCAUUGCCUACCGAGGUGUGACCCGGGCCAGUGUCUACAUGCAGCCCCCCAUCGAUGGGCAGGCCCACAUCAAAGAGGUGGUGCGAAAGAUGAUCAGCCAGGCCCAGAAGGUGAUAGCCGUGGUCAUGGACAUGUUCACCGACGUGGACAUCUUCAAGGACCUGCUGGAUGCCGGCUUUAAGAGGAAGGUGGCCGUGUACAUCAUCGUGGACGAGAGUAACGUCAAGUACUUCCUGCACAUGUGUGAGCGGGCCCGCAUGCACCUGGGGCACCUCAAGAAUCUCAGGGUGCGGAGCAGCGGGGGAACGGAGUUCUUCACACGGUCGGCCACCAAGUUCAAGGGUGCCCUGGCCCAGAAGUUCAUGUUCGUGGAUGGAGACCGGGCCAUCUGUGGCUCCUACAGCUUCACGUGGUCAGCCGCAAGGACGGACCGGAACAUGAUCUCCGUGCUGUCGGGCCAGGUGGUGGAGAUGUUCGACCGGCAGUUCCAGGAGCUGUACCUCAUGUCCCACGGCGUCAGCCUCAAGGGCAUCCCCAUGGAGAAGGAGCCCGAGCCCGAGCCCAUCGUGCUGCCCUCCGUGGUACCACUGGUGCCCUCAGGCACCGUAGCCAAGAAGCUUGUCAACCCCAAGUACGCGCUGGUCAAGGCCAAGAGCGCCGACGAAAUUGCCAAGACGUCCUCGGAGAAGCAGGAGGUCAAGAAACCCCCCGGACUGCGGGGCGCCACCCUGGCCGAGCGGCCCGGAGACGCCCCGGAGGCGCCCCCGCCUGUCCACCCCGGCCUGCUCAACCUGGAGCGGGCCAACAUGUUCGAGUACCUGCCCACGUGGGUGGAGCCGGACCCAGAGCCUGGCAGUGACAUCCUGGGCUACAUCAAUAUCAUCGACCCCAACAUCUGGAACCCCCAGCCCAGCCAGAUGAACCGCAUCAAGAUCCGAGACACGUCCCAAGCUAGCACCCAACUGUGGAGGCAGAGCCAGGACUGCAUUCCCAGCCCCGGGCCCAGUGCCCCCCAGGAUGGGGGCCCAGCAGAGAACGGCCUUCCGCAGGGGGACCCCGAGCCUCAGCCCCCUGUGCCCAAGCCCCGGACAGUCCCUGUGGCAGAGCUGCUCGCCCGGGACAGCGGCGGUAUUGACUGGGCCCUGGAGACCCCAGAAGAUGAGACGCCCCAGAAUGGGACAGAGGGAGCACCGCCCAGGACACUGGGCGCAGGCCACGCCCCGCUCCAGCGGCAGCUGUCUGUGACCCAGGAUGACCCUGACGGCCAGGGAGCAGUGGUCCCCAAUGGGCUAGAUGCGGAGGAGGAAGAAGAUGAUGAUGACUACGUGACCCUCAGUGACCAGGACAGCCUCUCAGGCAGCUCUGGCCAUGGCCCUGGCCCCCGGCGGCCCUCGGUGGCCUCGUCUUCUGUGUCAGACGAGUAUUUUGAGGUGAGGGGGCGCUCAGCCCCUCUCCAGAGGCGCCACUCAGAGCAGGUAGCCAACGGGCUGGCCCAGCCCCCCCACCGACAGCUGAGUGCCCCCCACGUGACCCACGGGACCUUUGGUGGACCCCCGGGUGGCUCACCGUGGGCCCCGGGUUGGGAGAGAGAAGAGACGGGUACUCCGAGGAGAACGCAGGCUCCGAAUUCCACGGACAAGGAGACACAGGGCCAGCCCAAACCCCACUAUAGGGUCCCUGCCUCAGGGACCAGGGAGAAAGAUGCCUUCCUGCGGCCGAUGAGGACCUCGGGACCCCCACGGUACCGCCCUGCUGCUGAUGGCACCCAGAGCUCUGCCAGGAAAGCGGGCCCGGCCGUGGCAGGCCCAUACCCCUGGCAGGUCAAGGAGGGCCCCGGGCCCCGCACUCUGGCCGAUCCCGCGACCCCAAGGCCGGCCCGAAACACCAGCCCCCAGGCCGAUGGCAGGCGCCCUGAAGCGCAGCCAAGUCCUUUCGGAAUCCCGUACUCCAAACUGUCCCAGUCGAAGCACCUGAAGGCCAGGACGGGCAGUGGCCAGUGGGCCUCCUCUGAUUCUAAACGGAGGGCUCAGGCCCCCCGGGACCGCAAGGACCCCUAGCACCCCAUCCCCGGGCCUGGAGCCGUGCGGUCCGUGGUCUCCGCCCCAGCCCAGACUCACCAAGCAGGUGUCCAUGGGGCUGUGCCAGGGACUGGCAGACGGGCCGCCCGGACCGUCCAGAGCCCAGCCCGGAAGGCAGGAAGGUGGGGUGG